GAUGAACAGAUGAAAGUGACCCACCCACUACAGGUGAUCUGCGAAGAGUACUAAAGGUGGGAAUGAAGCCAACUCAUCAUAUUACUGCAUACAGACGGGCGAAUCAAGUCAGAGAGAUGAUUGUUUUGCUGGUAACUUGCCUUGCUGCUCUUCUGUGUCCCACCGUCCACAGUGCGGACGCUUCAGUGGAAUGGUGCUAUCACAAGCCAGCAUGCAAUUUUACCACCUGGUCCAAGAUUGCUCCACAAUAUUGCAAUGGAUCCAAGCAAUCUCCCAUUAAUAUCGUGACUGCAAGUGUCCAGGGAAAUCCUAACCUGACCUCCUUUAACUUAACUGGUUUUGAUGACAACUCCACCUUCAUGUCAAUCGGAAACUCAGGCGACUCCGUGGUGGUCAACCUGGAUGAUGAGAAAAUUAAAGUGCAAGGAGGUGCUCUUCCAGGUGUAUACAACACCAAACAAUUCCAUCUCCACUGGGGUAACGGCAGCUCCUCGCCUGGCUCCGAACACACCGUGGAUGGCAAACAGUACCCAAUGGAGCUGCACAUUGUAAGUGUCCAUUCAAAAUACAACGGAAGUGUGUCAGCUGCUUUAGCUGCCAAAGACAGCACAGCAUUGGCUGUUCUUGGUUUCUUCAUUGAGGUGAGCAUGACAUUUAUUCAAUCCAGAGAAAAACACAAACAUAAAUGGCUUGGUUGUGUGCACAUGGGUAUGCAUUGUUGUGUGUGUGUGUGUUUUUUUAACCAACAGGGAACCAAUGAAGCAAACAAAACAAAAAGCUGGGAUAUCCUAACAUCCUAUUUGACAAAAAUACGCAAUUCAGGAGAUCAAACCUCAGACAUCAUGAAUCAAAUCACACUGAACAGUCUGAUUGAAGGUGUGGACAGGACUAAAUAUUACCGCUACCAAGGCUCUCUAACUACACCCAGCUGUAAUGAAGCUGUGAUUUGGACCGUGUUUAAAGAGCCCGUCAAAGUCAGCCAAGCCUUUAUCAACCGCUUCAGCACAACUGUCUUUUUUAAAGACGCAAGCGCUUCAGUUCUGAACACCAACAACUUCAGAGGAGUUCAGCCCUUGAAUGGCAGAGUUGUGACGUCACAGGUCACAGUGGCAUCUGCAGCACCUUCAUCAUCCACUUUAUCUGUCAUCACAAUACUUCUAUUGUCCAGUUUGUGUUGGCUGUAAAAAAUGCUUUGCACACACAUUUUAUGAGCUGAUUUAAUUUAUUGCUCUUGUGAAUUAUGUGCACUUUAUUGAUUGCAUUUGAUCAUGGUGGUUUCUGUAAUAUGUUGAUUUUGUGAUUAGUGAAUCUUGUUACAUGAAAAAAUAAGAUGUAAGGUAGGAGUUAAUGAUGUGAAGCUUUUCCUGUUUUUACCAAUUGUAUUUCUAUUUGUACCAAAUGUAUUUUUAACACACAAUUUAUCAUCUGUGAGCAUAACAUGAGUGCUUGGGAUAUCAAUUAUAUAUAUAUAUAUAUAUAUAUAUAUAUAUAUAUAU